AUGCAAAGUAUGUUACACUCGUUAGCUUAGCGGUGUGACUUGACGGCUUCAGCUCGAGUAUGCGAGCUGGAUCGCCUCCGUGUUUCUCAUAUCUCUGCAGAUUCUGGAAAAUGUGGUUUGGAUCCUAUCCAUUCAAUUCAUUUCAAAGUCUUCCACUUGAAAGGUCCAGUGAAACGACAAGAACACAUCUUGCUGAAAGUGAAAGAAGAGGCGAAAAAACGUUCCCCCGGUGAGUUAAAGGCCCCUGGAGCUCAGAACUUAACGGCAAUCUGUGUAGUCCGAGAAGUCCGGGAGUUGUGA